GUGAAUAGAAAAUCGAAAACGUACAUAGCUGUUCCAGCGGAAAUACUUUGUUUAAUUCUACCACUUCUACUAGGAGUAGCCUUUUUAGUGCUAGCUGAACGUAAAGUAAUGGCUUUUGUGCAACGUCGAAAGGGUCUUGAUGUAGUGGGAUCAUUCGAAUUGUUACAACCUCUAGCAGAUGGUUUGAAAUUGAUUCUAAAAGAACCUAUUUCACCAAGUAGUGCUAAUUUCUCCCUUUUUAGAAUGGCUCCAGUGGCUACAUUUAUGUUAAGUCUGGUCGCUUGGGCCGUUGUACCUUUUGAUUAUGGUAUGGUAUUGUCAGAUCCGAACAUAGGGCUACUUUAUUUGUUUGCCAUAUCUUUGCUAGGUGUUUAUGGAAUAAUUAUAGCAGGUUGGUCUAGUAAUACGGGGGGCGGCCGUUCGGUCACCUAUGAUAUACGGACCAAUUGGUCCAAAAUGGGUUUGUGCCGCAGGUGUUGA